AUGUCACUAGAACUGCUACAGGAGAAGUUGAAAAACGGGACAGCAGUUGAUGAAUUCUGGAUUCUGGGAUACGAGAACAUCCACAAUGUUAAGAUUCUAGUCUUUCUUCUCUUCCUGAUUAAUUAUAUGAUUACAUUAUCUGGGAAUUUCACGAUGAUCUCACUGGUCUUCACGUCCCACCACAUCUACUCUCCCAUGUACUUCUUCCUGAGCCACCUGUCUCUCAGCGACAUCCUCCUCACCACGACCAUCGUGCCUUACAUGCUAUAUAUCAUUUUAAGAGAAGGAAGUCUAGUGUCUGUUGCUGGAUGCUUCACCCAGUUUUACUUUUUUUCUUUAUCAGCAAUCACCGAGUGUCUCCUCCUCACCGUGAUGUCCUACGAUCGGUACUUGGCCAUCUGUAACCCAUUGCGUUACUCCUCCAUCAUGGACCUCAAGCUUUGUAUUCAACUCACAGUUUUAUCUUGGGCGUCUGGAGUAAUUCUAGCAUUACCGCACAUUGUUAUUUUAAGCCAAAUUACAUUUUGUGGGUCAAAUGUCAUCAACCAUUUUUUCUGUGACCUCGUUCCUCUCCUGAAACUUUCUUGUUCUGGAACGAUGGCCAGUGAAGUGCUAAAUUUUAUAUUAGUUAUCCCGUUAGCGAUUUUCCCAAUAAUUUGUAUCACUAUAACCUACGUCAGUAUAUUUCAUGCCAUCUUCCGGAUUUCCACGGUCACCGGGAGACAGAAAGUCUUCUCCACCUGCAGCUCCCACCUCACCGUGGUCUGCAUAUAUUACGGGACGUUAGUAUUUAAUUAUGUGAUUCCAUCUAAAGCAGAAUAUCUAGGUUUCCAAAAACUGGUCUCUGCCCUUUACACCAUGGUGACCCCACUACUGAACCCCAUUAUAUACAGUCUGAGGAACGAGGAGAUCCGAGGAGCAUUAAAGAGAUUCAUAUUGAAGAAAAAGUGGAAGAAAGUAUAA